AUUCCAGGGACAGCGCGAUGCAAGAAGCGUCGAGGCUCUUCUGAUUUUAUUUAUUUUAUUUAUUUUUGUAUCGAACAAGUAUUUUAAUACGCACCCUGAUGUUAGGAAUUGCUCUUGUUGAGUUUUAAUCUGUCUUUGGUGAGAAAGCAAUACUUGGAACUGCCUUUGACAUGGGACAUGACAAUGUGUGUUAAAAAAAUUAACAUUUAAUACCGACUGUCUUUGACUGGCAUACUCAGAAUUGACGGUUGUAGUUUCUCAGAUUAUUUUCCUUAUAACACAGAGAAAAGCCUUCCCAGUUGGAAAAAAUCAAGCUCACACUCAAGGAGGGGAUAAAUCGUGCUCCAAAUGGAGUCUGGUUGCAUUGGAAUCAUUGGCAAUGAGGAAAUUGUGACAGUAUGAUGAAUCUGCAGAUUCCAUGCUUAGUGAGCAAGCUAAAAAACGAGGCUCGUUAAACCCUGGGUUUGAGUGUUUGACACAAUGAGGAGAAUCCGCAUGAAGGGAGAUGUCCUCUGCACCCUCAUCUUGCUGGUACUAAUCUGUAUACUGUGGUAUGCCCAUCAGAGUUUAACACCUAUCUGGGAGACGGUGCGUAUCGAACAUGGCUCUAGCAGCUCUCGAGCACUUCUUGGAGCACCAACAAAAGGAAUCUCGUUACCCUCUCAAACGUCUAAUUUACUUCAUUGUGAUCAUGAGCCUACACUCCAGACUCAAACCAAAUCUAAACCACAGACUAAAUUAAAAGCUCCAAAAAGCCAAGUUAAAUCAAAGAAAAAAGAUGGAAGGAAAAAGCCUACAGCAAAAACCAUUACUGUACCCACGCUUCCUCAGUUUGACUUUGAGGAUUACCUUCUCAAGAAGGACCAGCGGGAGUUCAAGAUGCUCAUUGACCAGCCAGAGAAAUGUAAAGGACCUAAAGGUGCACCGUAUUUGCUGAUUGCCAUAAAAUCAGUAGCUGUAGACUUUGACAAGCGACAGGUUGUGCGACACACCUGGGGCAGCGAAGGUGUAGUCCAGAACGGAAUGAACAUCAUGACCGUUUUUCUUCUUGGAGUACCCCAGAAUGUUACGGCGCUUCCCUUGUGGGACAAGUUGUUGGCGUACGAGAGCCACAUGUUCAAGGACAUUCUGCUCUGGGACUUUGAGGACACGUUCUUUAAUCUGACACUUAAAGAAACUCACUUCCUCCAGUGGGUCAACUCAAGCUGUUCAAAUGUGAAGUUCAUUUUCAAGGGUGAUGCGGAUGUCUUUGUGAACGUUGAGAACAUUCUGGAAAUGCUUGGCAGUAGACAGGCUGGCGAGGAUCUUUUUGUCGGAGACAUCAUCUUCCAUGCAAAACCAAUUCGCAGACGUAACAGUAAAUAUUUUGUGCCUGAAUUUAUAUAUGGCCAGGGGAUCUAUCCUUCAUAUGCAGGAGGUGGAGGUUUUGUCAUGUCAGGCCACACUGCACUUAGGCUGCAUGUGGCCUGCAAGGAAGUGGAACUCUUCCCCAUAGAUGACGUUUUCCUGGGAAUGUGUCUGCUCAGGAUCGGUCUCAAGCCAAGCCGUCAUGAAGGCUUCCGUACCUUUGGAAUUGUGCGUCCAUCGGCGGCGCCACACCUGCAGGUGUUUGACCCAUGUUUCUACAGAGAGUUGAUGGUGGUGCACAGCCUGAACGUGCCACAGAUCUGGCUUAUGUGGAACCUCCUACAUGACCCCAGCGUACGCUGUCAUACUAAUCAAGCUCAUACGGCGGAACCCUUUAAGUGGAUAAAAAACGCACCUGAACAGGCUAAACCCGAGGAUCCUGGUAAAGCUGACUAUGACAUGCAAGUGUUUGUGAAGCACUGAGAAGUGUACACUGUGAAAUGUAGAUAAAGACUGAAGACUUGAAUGUAAAAGGUUUGUUAUUGACAGUUUCAGCCUGGAGAUAAUAUAUCUAAACACACACUGUUUGUGAUUGAGCAUGAAUCACAAUGUCCCAGUGUUUGAAAAGUAAUUUUUUCCAUGGCUACUGAUGGCACUGUUAUAAUCUAUAAAAGCAAACUGUGGAGGCCAAGGACAUUGUGAAUAAUAUUUUCUAGGGACAGUAAAACCCAGGGGAACAAAUUCCACUGGCUAAUCAUAAUGACAGGAAUGUGGAAUACUGUAGAUACUCAAAUUGUACGACUUAUCACAAUUACUCUAACUAAGCAUGGUUCUAGACUUCACAUCGUUUUAGCUUUUACAGUUAACUUUGUUGGGACCAUCUGCUGGUUUUUGUUUGGUAAGAGCUAGUUGGCAUUAAAUAAAGUUACUAAAGUUACUAAAGUCUGAGGGUGGAAAUGCUGUUAAUGCCAGAGCACUGAAGGUGAACAAGCACUGUGUAAGAUUUUUUCCCCCAUUUUUCCUUAAAAAAAAAGAAAACAACCCAAACACCACAAUUGUGCCCAUAUUUAUUACAUCCAGUCUUCAAAUAUUAUUCUUGCUGAACACACUGUAAC